AUGGAGGAAAGGCUACUGUCAGGGUCAAAGUCCAACAUCAAUGGAGCUUCAGGUGAUUCCAGUGACGUCAUCAACCUAAGUGGGUCUUCCUCGGCCACCCCUGUUGUGGUUCUGAGCACAUUGGUGGCUCUCUCUGGUGCCUUUGGCUAUGGCUGUGCUAUAGGAUAUUCAUCAGCUGCUGAAUCAGGAAUCAUGGAAGACUUGGGCCUUACUGUUGCAGCAUACUCAGUUUUUGGUUCAAUAAUGACAAUUGGAGGAAUGAUUGGUGCACUGGUGAAUGGGAAGAUAACCGAUCUUAUUGGUCGCAGGGGUAAUGCUUGGUGGCUUGAUUUAGGACGGUUGUCUGUGGGAUUCGGUGUUGGUAUAAUUUGCUACGUGGUACCUAUAUACAUAGCAGAAAUAACACCCAGGGAUCUUAGAGGAGCAUUUACUUCAGCUACUCAGAGUCUCCAAGGUGGCUGGCAAAAGUUGGUAGGCACAAGGACUUUGAAGCGUCUGAGAGGAAAGCAUGCCGACAUAUCUCAAGAAGCAGCUGAAAUCAUGGAUUAUACUGAAAUGUUUCAGCAGCACAAGGAAAAAGUCCUAGACUUGUUCCAAAAGAGAUAUGCUUACUCACUCAUAUAUCCUAAUACAAGACAUGAGAUAGUGCUUCUUUUGAGCUUAAUCCUGAAUAUGAAGGCUGUGGAUGAUCCAGGGUUGUAUUUAGGUCUCCCAACAUUGUGGGGGCGUUCUAAGGUGGCUGCGCUCAAGUAUGUCAAGGAGAAGAUCAACAAAAGAAUUGUGGGUUGGAAUUCUUCUUCUCUUAAUCAAGCUGGGAAAGAAAUUAUGAUUAAGGCAGUAGCUUUCGCAGUGCCGGCCUACCCUAUGAUGGGGGUGCAUUGGAAGAAAUGGGAGGCCAUGGGCUGUGAGAAGGAUGUGGGAGGCAUGGGGUUCAGAAACUUGAUGGAUUUCAACAUUGCCUUAUUAGCUAAACAGUGUUGGCGUCUUCAUGCAGCGCCAGGGGCGUUAUGGGCCAGAGUUCUGAAAAGUUUGUAUUUCCCCAACUGUGAAAUGUUACAGGCAACAAGAGGGAGCUCUCCUUCGUGGGCAUGGUCUAGCUUACUAGAGGGACUCACCCUUCUCCAAAAAUGGCUCCUCUGGCAGAUUGGUUUGGGGAUUAAUGUGGACCUUUGGAAGGAUAGUUGGAUUUCUAGGCUGCCAUCUUUGAACCUUCGCCCUUUCGACUUGCAUCCUGAGAUUUUUACUCCGGUAGCUGCAAUUAUCAACAGAGCUUCUGAUUCUUGGGACUUUGCUGCAAUUGGUACUCUAUCCCUAUGGAGGCUAGACAUGCUGUCAUUGCUUCUCAGUUUGGCUCAGCUUCAGAUCAGGACAAACAAGAAUGGGCUCACUCUUCAUCGGGUGAAUACUCGGUCAAAUCUGGUUAUGCGACAUUUUCUCUGGAGAGCUGUGUCGAACUUCUUGGCAACAAAUGAGAAGAGAGUCUAUAGACAUUUGGCUACAAACCCAUUGUGCCCUCUUUGUGAUGCUGAACCGGAAACAAUUGAGCAUUGCCUUCUGUUGUGCCCUCUGGCCAGGCAGGUUUGGUGUGCUCAUCCUAUCUCUUAUUUUGUAGAUUCUCGAGCUAUUGCUUCUCUGGAUAGAUGGAUUGAUGGUGUCUUUUUGGCUAAGGCUGACCACUGUGACUUUGAUGCUGAUUUCAAAACAACUGUGUCCUUCCUUUUGUGGAAUAUCUGGGAGGCAAGAUGUAAUCUGGUCUUCAACAAGACUGGUUUUGAUCAUGUUCAAACGGCCUCAACUGCUUUUCGCUUGGCUCAAGAAUUUCUGCUCAUUCCUCAGAACCUUUACAAGUCUUUGGCUCCUCAGAACUUGAAUUCUGAUGGAGCGGUUCACUUUUGGGUCAAGCCGAAAAUGGGAAUGAUUAAGAUCAACACAGAUGCUGCUUGGAAUAAGGAUUCGGCAGAGUGUGGUCUUGCGGCUGUUGCUCGAAAUUCUUUGGGGAAUAUUGUUGGUGGAAUGCAUAACCAAGGCUCUGCAAUCUCUGUUAUGGCUGCUGAGGCUUUAGCUAUCAAGCUUGGUGUUCUGAAGCAAAUAAGAAGAAAAGAAGGAAAAGAGGGAGUGGAAGACGAAAUUCAGAAAUCUGCCUUUGAAAGCUCGGCCUUUUUGUUGGUGUUGCCAACGUUAUGCAUCAUAGAGACCGGCGAUGAACAGGACAAAGACGCACCAAUUAGUAUUUCAGCCGUAUAUGGGUGUGAAAGAGAAAGAGACAGAGAGGAGACAGAGAAGGACUGGGAGACUCGAAAUGGUGAAGGAAAAGAUAUAAAAAUGACUUGGGAAGAGAUGGGCAGAGAAACCAUGGAAGAAGGGCUACUGUCUCUGUCAGGGUUAAAGUCCAACAUCAAUGGAGGUUCAGGUGAUUGCAGUGAUGUCUUAAACCCAAGUGGGUCCUCCUCCUCUGCCACCCUUGUUGUGGUUCUGAGCACAUUGGUGGCUCUCUGCGGUUCCUUUGGCUAUGGCUGUGCUAUAGGAUAUUCAUCCUCUGCUGAAUCAGGAAUUGUGGAAGACUUGGGCCUUACAGUUGCAGCAUACUCAGUUUUUGGUUCAAUAAUGACGGUUGGAGGAAUGAUUGGUGCACUAGUAAAUGGGAAGAUAACCGAUCUCAUUGGUCGUAGAGGUACAAUGUGGCUAUCUGAAGCAUUCAGUGCUGCAGGAUGGCUCACCAUAUCAUUUGCACAGAAUGCUUGGUGGCUUGAUUUAGGACGGCACAAGGAAUUUGAAGCAGCUCUUCAGCGUUUGAGAGGAAAGAAUGCCGACAUAUCUCAAGAAGCAGCUGAUAUCAUGGAUUAUACAGAUAUGUUUCAGCAACACUCAGAAACAUUCCUAGACCUGUUCGAAAAGAGAUAUGCUUACUCACUCAUUGUUGGAAUUGGACUCAUUUCACUGCAACAAUUUGGGGGUGCCAAUGCAGUAGCAUAUUACGCAAGUUCUAUAUUUGUUGAUGCAGGUUUUCCAAGUAGCACUGGGACUAUAUCAUUGUCUCUCAUUGGGAUUCCUGGUGUUGCAUUGAGUGUGCUAUUAACAGACAAAGUUGGAAGACGACCGCUUCUUAUGGUUUCUGCUGGCGGAUUGUGCUUUAGUGCCCUUGUUGUUGGUUUGGCAUUCUUAUUUCAGGACAUCAAUUUCUGGAAAGAGCUCACUCCCAUUUUGGUGUACAUCGGCUUAUUGGGUCAAAGUCUAUCAUAUACAGCAGGCAUAGCAGGAUUACCCUGGGUUAUUAUGUCUGAGAUAUUCCCCAUAAACGUUAAAGGUACAGCAGGAAGCCUAUUGAGUUUGGUGAACUGGUCUUGUGCUUGGAUAGUGACAUACACCUUCAAUUUCAUGAUGGAAUGGAACUCAGAAGGAACAUUUUUCUUCUUCUCAGCCAUCUCCGGGUUAACAGUUCUGUUCGUAGCAAAGCUAGUGCCAGAGACCAAGGGUCGCACCCUAGAAGAAAUACAAGCAUCAAUGAAAGUGAGAGAGGGGAAGAAACCAUGGAGGAAAGGCUACUGUCAGGGUCAAAGUCCAACAUCAAUGGAGCUUCAGGUGAUUCCAGUGACGUCAUCAACCAAAGUGGGUCUUCCUCGGCCACCCCUGUUGAGCACAUUGGUGGCUCUCUCUGGUGCCUUUGGCUAUGGCUGUGCUAUAGGAUAUUCAUCAGCUGCUGAAUCAGGAAUCAUGGAAGACUUGGGCCUCACUGUUGCAGCAUACUCAGUUUUUGGUUCAAUAAUGACAAUUGGAGGAAUGAUUGGUGCACUUGUGAAUGGGAAGAUAACUGUGUUUUUAAUUAACAAGCAGACAAUGUGGCUGUCUGAAACAUUUUGUGCUGCAGGAUGGCUCACCAUAGCAUUUGCACAGAAUGCUUGGUGGCUUGAUUUAGGACGGUUGUCAGUGGGAUUCGGUGUUGGUAUAAUUUGCUACGUGGUACCUAUAUACAUAGCAGAAAUAACACCCAGGGAUCUUAGAGGAGCAUUUACUUCAGCUACUCAGUUGAUGUGUCGUUGCGGCUUAGCACUAGCCUAUUUCCUUGGAAAUGUUAUAACCUGGCGCACCUUGGCGGUUAUUGGUGCUAUUCCAUCACUUGUACACAUUAUAGGCUUAUUUUUCAUUCCAGAGUCUCCAAGGUGGCUGGCAAAAGUUGGUAGGCACAAGGACUUUGAAGCGUCUCUUCAGCAUCUGAGAGGAAAGCAUGCCGACAUAUCUCAAGAAGCAGCUGAAAUCAUGGAUUAUACUGAAAUGUUUCAGCAGCACAAGGAAAAAGUCCUAGACUUGUUCCAAAAGAGAUAUGCUUACUCACUCAUAGUUGGAGUUGGGCUCUUGUCACUGCAACCAUUUGUGGGUGCCAAUGCAGUAUCUUAUUAUGCAAGCUCUAUAUUUGUAGAUGCAGGAUUCUCAAGCAGCAUUGGAACCAUAUCAUUGUCUCUCAUUGGGAUUCGUGGCGUUGCGUUGAGUGUUCUCUUAACAGACAAAGUUGGGAGACGACCACUUCUAAUGGUUUCAGCUGUUGGAUUGUGCUUGAGUGCCCUUGUUGUGGGUUUGGCGUUCUUCUUUCAGGACAUCAACUUAUGGAAGGACCUCAGCCCCAUUUUGGUUUAUAUCGGCUUAUUACUGAUGAUUAGCUGUGGCUUUUCGCUGUUCUAUUUGAUUGGUAAUGCCAUACAUUGGCGCACCAUGGCUAUACUCAGUGCUAUUCCAUCCCUACUGCAAAUUGCAGGUUUAUUCUUCAUACCAGAGUCUCCAAGGUGGUUGGCCACAGUUGGUAGACAAACAGACCUUGAAGUUGUGCUGCAGUGUCUUAGAGGAGAGAAUGCUUCUGUUAAUGUUUCUCAAGAAGCAGCUGAUAUCAUGGAGUAUACAAUAAUGUUUCAGAAAAACUCGGGAAGAAUAGUAGACUUGUUCCAGCGCAGAUAUGCUCGCUCGCUCAUUGUUGGAGUUGGGCUAAUGUUACUACAACAAUUUUCUGGGGUCAAUGCAGUAGCUUAUUAUGCAAGCACUAUAUUUAUGGAUGCUGAUUAUUCAAGUACCAUUGGGACAAUAUCAUUGGCUAUUAUUGGGGUUCCUGCUAUUGCAUUGAAUGUUCUACUGACAGACAAAUGCGGAAGGCGACCACUUUUGAAUGUUUCUGCUGCCGGAAUGUGCUUGAGUUCAUUUCUUGUUGGCUUGGCUUUCUACUUCCAGAACUUGUGCCAGAAGCUCACUCCCAUUUUUGUGUUUAUCGGCGUUUUGGGUUAUGGCACAUCAUACUCGAUUGGUAUAGCGGGAUUGCCCUGGGUUAUUAUAUCAGAGACAUUCCCAGUAAACAUCAAAGGUUCAGCUGGAAGCCUGUUGAGCUUGGUAUAUUGGUCUGGUUCUUGGAUUAUAACAUACACCUUCAACUAUGUGAUGGAAUGGAGCUCAGCAGGAACAUUUUUCUUCUUCUCAGCCAUUAGCUGUUUGGCAAUUUUGUUUGUAACAAAGCUAGUGCCAGAAACUAAGGGGCGAGAUCUAGAAGAAAUACAAGCAUCAAUUUCCCAUUUUUCACUAAUAUGA